GCUGUAAAAGCACGUCUCCUUGAACCGGAAUUCUCUUCAGGCAUCGUUUAAGGGCGUCCCUGUUGGCCCCGAUGCAUUCUGGGACUGUACCCUCUCUUGUAUCGGGAGGCGCCGCAAAACCGAAACCGAUUCCGGGCUGUUGAGAAGAGGAGGUCUCAGCCGCGGUGAACGCCCAGAAGCCUUUUCCCCAGCCAUGUCCGUCCGGGAGUCCUUCAACCCCGAGAGCUACGACCUGGACAAGAACUUCAGGCUGACCCGCUUCACGGAGCUGAAGGGAACGGGAUGCAAGGUACCCCAGGACGUCCUGCACAGGCUGCUGGAGGCCCUGCAGGAGAACCACUUCCAGGAGGAUGAGCAGUUCCUGGGGGCAGUCAUGCCCAGAUUGGGUAUUGGAAUGGACACAUGCGUUAUUCCGUUGAGACACGGGGGUCUCUCACUAGUCCAGACAACAGACUACAUUUACCCGAUCGUGGACGACCCUUACAUGAUGGGUCGAAUCGCGUGCGCCAACGUGCUCAGCGACCUGUAUGCCAUGGGAGUGACGGAGUGUGACAACAUGCUGAUGCUUCUCGGCAUCAGCAAUAAACUGUCGGACAAGGAGAGGGAUAAGGUGAUGCCUUUAGUGAUCCAGGGGUUUAAGGACGCCUCAGAGGAGGCUGGCACGUCGGUCACGGGAGGGCAGACGGUGCUCAACCCCUGGAUCGUCCUGGGCGGCGUGGCCACAGCCGUGUGCCAGCCCAACGAGUUCAUCAUGCCAGACAACGCGGUGCCCGGGGACGUGCUGGUGCUGACCAAGCCUCUGGGCACACAGGUGGCAGUGGCCGUUCACCAGUGGCUCGAUAUCCCAGAGAAAUGGAAUAAGAUUAAACUGGUCGUCACGCAAGAGGACGUGGAACUGGCUUAUCAGGAGGCCAUGAUGAAUAUGGCCAGACUGAACAGAACAGCUGCCGGGCUGAUGCACACGUUCAACGCCCACGCGGCGACGGACAUCACAGGAUUCGGGAUCCUGGGUCACGCGCAGAACCUGGCCCGGCAACAGAGGAGCGAGGUGUCCUUCGUCAUCCACAACCUGCCCGUGCUGGCCAAGAUGGCCGCCGUCAGCAAAGCCUGUGGGAACAUGUUCGGCCUCAUGCACGGCACCUGCCCGGAGACCUCGGGAGGUCUGUUGAUCUGCCUCCCUCGGGAGCAGGCAGCCAGGUUCUGCGCCGAGAUCAAGUCCCCCAAAUACGGCGAGGGCCACCAGGCUUGGAUCAUCGGCAUCGUGGAGAAGGGCAACCGCACUGCCCGGAUCAUCGACAAGCCGCGGAUCAUCGAGGUGGCCCCGCAAAUCGCCACACAGAACGUAAACCCCACCCCCGGGGCCACCUCUUAGUCCAGGACACGGGAGAGGGAAGGGGCUAUGCCUUUUUAGACAUUCUAGUAUCAUCUUAGGCUAUGGAUAUAGUCUAAAGCAGUGCUCUCCAACCCUGGACCUGGAGAGCUACUGGGUCUGCUUGUUUUUGUUUUCACUGUUAAAUCAGUACCCUGUUGAGACCCAGGUAACCAGGUGAGGUGAGUUAACUGUGUAAUCAACUGCUCUUAAUUGAUAAAUUAAGUGCAGAGUAACAACAGAAACCAGCACACCCUGUAGCUCUCCAGGACCAGGGUUGGAGACCACUGGUCUAAAGCUACCAUGUUAAUGUGUAUACUGACUGCUCAGAUUUUUUAUCAUAGGGCAGAUCGCACGUUAAAAAACAAAACAAAACAAAAACUACGUAAAUCUAUUUCUUUUGUCUAAUUUUUUUUUUCUGUUACAUUAACUGAGGACGCACCUACUCUUAAGGCAGCUUCUAAGUUGAGAAUAUUAUUAUCUGAAACUGUUGAUUCAUUUUGAAUCUUUAGACACUUCUGGUCUAUUGCCGCAGAGGCUUUUUUUAAGAGGUGCAUUUGCCAAGCAUCUGUGCUGUACCAUGAUAGCGGUUUUUGUUUGUCUGAGUCACUAUAUGUACAUAAAAAAUAAAAAAAACUAGGACUAGAGUACAAACUGUAACGGAUGCCUUGAAAGAUUGAAUAUUAUAAAGAGAAUGUGGUGUAUACUUUGAGGGGUUGCAUGUUGUUUUUCAAUUUUUAAAAACAUUUUUGUAUUGCUUUGUUCCAAUUCACUCCUUUAAACUCCAAAAAGUCUACAAGUGGAGCUGAAGAGCUGACUUCAAUGUGGUCCAUUAGGACGAGAUAUGAAAGCAAUGCACCAAAUGGGCUCUCCAUAAUUUGUGACGUCUGUCUUAACGAUGGGGGAGUGAGAUGGCAGGCGCCCCGUUUUGCUGCAUUAAGCCGAUCAGCGAGCAGCGAGCCGUUGUCAAUCAGUGAAUUGUAUUAACCAAUCACAAUGCUGCAAACAUGGCUCCAGCCAUUUUUGGGUUUGUAAAGCCCUCCUCUCCCAUCACAACAGCCUAGACGUGUUUAUAAUACUUUUGUGGUUAUUUCCCCCGUGCCGAUUUGGUCUGGAGUACGGCAGAGAAUGUACCGGAACAGAGCAGUGGGUGUAUAAAAUAUAUAUACUUAUUAUUUGAGACAUAAAGUACUUGAUUUUAAAUGUAAUCAGUAAAAAUGUGUUCCUGUGGUCAGUUGUGAUGGCUUCCUGUUUUGUAUAGCAUUAUAUGCAGUAGGCCACCUCUUCAAUCUCAAGAAUACGCAUUUCUCUCUUCCCCUCUGGUUUGCGAAAAAGGGUUCAGUCUUGUUACGCCAGAACUGCAGCUUAACGGCAACACUUACACAAAUAAAUACAUUUUUUAAGGUUCUUGUA